CUGUAACCAUUCAUCUAUAAAUAGAACCAUCAUUCUUCCAAGAUAUCAGUAGUUUCAACUCUCUCUGAGCACUAAAAUUUGCUGAAACUUUCUUGGGUUCUCUUUCAACGGUUGAGAAGAAAUGGCACGCAAGAAGAUCAGAGAGUAUGAUUCCAAGAGAUUGUUGAAGGAGCACUUCAAGAGGCUCUCUGGUAAUGAAUUGGCCAUUAAAUCUGCCCAAGUUACCGAGUCAACCGAUUUCAAUGAGCUAAUUGAAAAGGAACCUUGGCUGUCCUCAACAAAACUGGUUGUGAAACCAGAUAUGUUGUUUGGAAAGCGAGGUAAAAGUGGGCUAGUUGCUCUGAACCUAGAUCUGGCUGGAGUUGCUGCUUUUGUGAAAGAGCGCCUUGGCAAAGAGGUUGAGAUGGGUGGUUGCAUAGGACCUAUCACAACAUUCAUUGUUGAGCCAUUUGUUCCACAUAAUGAGGAGUUCUACCUUAAUAUUCUUUCCGAGAGGCUAGGUUGCAGCUUAAGCUUCUCAGAAUGUGGAGGAAUUGAAAUUGAAGAAAACUGGGAUAAGGUUAAGACCAUCUUUGUGCCAACAGGGGUAGCCUUCACAUCAGAGACAUGUGCGCCACUUGUUGCCACCCUUCCAUUGGAGAUUAAAAGUGUCAUUGAGGAGUUCAUCAAAGUGAUUUACUCACUGUUUAUAGAUCUGGACUUCACAUUCCUAGAGAUGAAUCCUUUCACAUUGGUUGAUGGAAAGCCUUAUCCAUUGGAUAUGAGAGGAGAGCUCGAUGAUACUGCUGCCUUUAAGAACUUCAAGAAGUGGGGAAAUAUUGAAUUCCCAAUGCCAUUUGGAAGAGUAAUGAGUGCUACGGAAAGUUUUAUUCAUGGGCUAGAUGAAAAGACAAGUGCAUCUUUGAAGUUCACAGUCUUGAAUCCAAUGGGACGAAUUUGGACCAUGGUAGCUGGAGGCGGUGCCAGUGUCAUUUAUGCCGAUACCGUUGGAGAUCUUGGCUAUGCUUCUGAGCUUGGUAACUAUGCAGAAUAUAGCGGUGCUCCUAACGAGGAAGAGGUUUUGCAGUAUGCUAGAGUUGUAAUUGAUUGUGCAACUGCAAAUCCUGAUGGCCAUAAGAGAGCCCUUUUAAUAGGUGGUGGAAUUGCAAACUUCACAGAUGUUGCUGCUACAUUUAAUGGCAUCAUUCGAGCUCUGAAGGAGAAGGAAUCAAAGCUCAAAGCUGCAAGAAUGCAACUUUAUGUGAGAAGGGGCGGUCCAAAUUACCAGAGGGGUCUUGCAAGGAUGAGGGCUCUAGCAGAGGAAAUUGGCAUCCCAAUUGAGGUUUAUGGACCUGAAGCUACCAUGACUGGCAUAUGCAAACAGGCAAUUGAGUGCAUCAGUGCUGCGGCAUAGAUAGUCAACUCUAAUCAUUUAUCAGUUCGAUCUAGUUCUUCUUCCUUUAUUUCCAAUCUUUUCUAGUGCAAUUGUUGUAAUGGUUUAUGUAUGGAACACGAAUCGGAUUAAAUUGGAUUCUCAUUUUUGUUAUGAAUGGCCAUUUGUUGUGGUCAAUAGAGAUGAAAUUAGUUACUUAAAAAGGGGGCAGACUAGAAAAAGAAGGGUUUGCAGUUGUGCUUUUUCAGGGUUCUGGCUUGGAAAAUAGCCACUUGAGUGUUGA